UUCCUGUUGUUCUGCUGCCACUGUUUUGAUUUUUGUUGUAUUUCUUGCCGUUGUUGUUGUGUUUUUUGUUGUUGCUAUUAUUUCACCUUUAGUUUUGCAAUUGGCUUUGCUGUUAUGGGCUUAGCGCGCGCACACACAGUUCACUGCGACGUCAACGACAACGUCAGCGCUCACAAUGCGACUCGCUAUGCCACGGUCGCGCUGCUGCCAAUGCGUUUUGGGCUUUCUGUUGCCGUGCUUACACAAAAUCACAUCUCUCUUCGACUUUUUAGUCUCAAUUCGCGUGCGCUACAAUAAUAAUGUAUCUGCGAGUAGUACCACGCGAUUCUCCUCCACAACACACAACCAAGCGCCAGCGAGCAGCAGCAGCAUAACAGUAGCCGCCGUAUAGCAGCAAAGUAAAAUCCACAGACAUACUUACCUGCCUACAUACUUACAUGCAAGCAAGCAUACAACCCACUUGUGUAUGUACAUGGAAAUGUUGGUGUACAGUGAUUUUUGUGCAUAAAUGUCGGAAAGCAACGCAAAAAUACUUAAAUCAAGACAGUGCGAAAAUACUCUAUACGUUUGUGCAUGUGUAUAUAAUUAAAUACAUUAAAAUAAAAAAUAAAUAAAUAUGUUUGUACAUUGACUCGUUUAGCCGAGCAUUGUUAGUUGGAGUGAAUAGUUGGUGAAAAAAUUAAAAACACAACGAAAACGGAAAUAAAAGUAAAAAUAAAAAUUUAAAAAUAAAAGUAAAAAAAAAAAUAAAGAUAACGAAAUAAAUAAUAUAAAAACCAUAAAAUAAAAGAUAACAAAUUUUAGUAAAAAAAUCAAAGCGUAUGAAAAAGUGCAAAAACACACAGAUAAUAGUGGCGCAGUUAUCGCAACAAAGUGUUUCACGAGCUAUAAAUGCAAAAACACAAAAGUAAAUUGAAUAAAACUACAUUUUCAAAAUAAGUGAAAAAGCAAUUGAAAUUCCAUUAAAAGCUGGUGAAAGUAUAGUAAAAAUAACAAAUACAUACUUAUGUAUGUAUGUGGGAAAAACUUGCGAUACAUUGAAGCCGAGUGCAUACAUUCACACGCCAAGUGCGCUAAAAUAUUUAUUAAACCAAACAAACAUAUUUACAACGAACAACGAAAAAAUUAUUGUAGAUAAAAAGUGCAAACAAUGAAAUUAAACUCGCUUGUGGCACCUAAAUAACAAUUAUAAAUUAAAAGUGAGCAGCCAGUUGUGUAAAAACUACCACAGAAAGCAGUAGAUAAAAAACAAUAAAGCAACAUACACCAAUUGAAAAGAAAGUAAAACGCUGAAACAAACAAAGAAAAAGACAAAAUCCGACACGGACCAAGGCGUAUUAAUCUGGUUUCACACUUCGCAGCCAGAAGUGGAAAAGUAAAUUAAGUUAGUGAAAAAACAUACCAAACAACGACAACAGAAUCUUCGUGGGAGAGCAACGAGCCUAAGCGUCAGUUACUCCUGCGUUUACCGUUUCAAGUUGAUUUUUCGCGUUUAACACAUGUUUGGCUUUGUGCAUCGUCCGAAAAAGCGCUAAUUAUUAUGCAAAAAAAUGUCCGCCGGCGCUCAAUUGCAGAUGGCACCACAGACAACUUCGUCGAUAAGCCAUCAUCACCAGACACAACAGCAGCACCAUUUUACUGCAGCCCAUCAUAAUCCGCAACAACAGCAGCAGCAGCAACAACAAAUUAUAGCUCAACAGCAGCAAAUUACGCCAACACAACAGCAAUUACAACAGUUACAACAGCAACAUAUAACGCAUCAUACGGCACAGCAGCAACAGCAAACACAAUCGCAACAACAAGCGCAACCGUUGCAUUCGUUGCCUAAUCAUCAUCAUCUUCAUCAACAACAGUCACAAAUUCCUCAACAACAUCCACCACACAACCAACAGUUGCCUCAUCAGCAACAGUUGUUGCCUCAGACACAUAGUACACUUGCGCCUCCGCUACAGCAGCAGCCAGCUGCGCUGCAACAUACGCAUAGCGGCGGUCAUAGUAGUAAUCCGGAUUCUAAUAUGAGCACAGGUUCAUCACAUAGUGAAAAAGAUGUUGCCGAUAUGUUAGGUUCUGCAGGCAUUCCCAAUCAAAUAGGUAUAUUGUCCAAUAACGGAGCCCCAGGGGCUAUGAUGAGUAGCAGUGGUAUAGGCCAAGACGUAGCUGGUAUGAUGGGAGGUGGCGCAGGCGUUAGCAGCAAUCAACAGCAACAGCAGCAACAAGUGCAGCACAAUAAUAUGGUUGGUCGUCUAGAAAAACCGUCACGUACACCAACAGAGCGAAAACGUAAAAGGAAAUUUCCUCAUACCGAAGAUAGUGGUGGCGGUGGCGCUGGUAGUGGUACUGGCAGUGGAGGAAAUGGAGGUAAUAAUGCUGGAAAUGCAACAAUUGUUGGCGCCCACAAGGCAUCAAAAUCUUCUAAUAUGAUCGGAACUGGACAGACACUAAGCAAAACAAAUUUAUCAUUGAAUAUAGGUACAUCGGCAGAUCGCUGCAACUUGGCUGGCGGAAAGAAUGCAAGACUAUUGCAACAUGGCAUGGAUAGCAAGAAAAUUAAUGAAUACUUCAAUAAGCACAGUGUACCGAGUAGUGGUGCCACAAAUAGUCCUAUGCGUCAACACACGGGCGGUUCGAAGAGUCCAUCGGCAGGUGGUGGUCAACAGCAACAAACGCCGCAACAGCAAGUACAGAACACUGGCAAUGCUGGCGGUGGCACUAGUACAGGCGCAUAUGGCAUGUAUCCCCCUAGUCCUCAACAGCUGAAUCCAGGCGGUGUACAAACACCCACAUCCCAAGCACCACCCGAAUUCCAUUACCAUAGUUCUGUGGCGGUGAAUAACGCUGCAAAACAACAGCGUGUGGCACAACCGCAAACUUCCAAUGCAAUGGUUCCUCCUCAGUCAGCAAUAGUCGGUGUGUUGGCCAACAACAUGGGAGGCUUAGGUGCUGGUGUUGUCGGUGGACCACCCCCUCCUCCUAUGGGUCCGGCGCCGCAGCAACAUAUUCCCGCAACAUCGGUAGUCACGUCGGCGCAACAAACGCUAACAAGUGGCGUAACCUCGCAGCAGCUAGCCGCUGUGCAGCUAAAUUCACUGCAGCAUGCCGGCAUUAUGCCGGGCGCAAUGGGUGGCAUGCAACCGCCUUUGCAACCGGUACCGGCUAGCACCAUAACAAAGGGCACGCAAACAGAACUCUCCUUUUUGGAGAUCAAAGAGCGUGACUCGGAGAUCGAAUCGAGCAAGUCGAAGCUCGACGAGAUGACAAGACUGUCCGAUGAGCAGAAAUGCCAGAUAAUUGCUCAUCAGAAGCUGAUCGACCAGCACAAGUCGCAAAUAGCCAAGUGCAUUGACGUGGUAAAGAAAUUGCUUAAAGAGAAGAGCAGCAUCGAAAAGAAGGAAGCGAGACAAAAGUGCAUGCAAAAUCGACUGCGUCUUGGUCAAUUUGUGACGCAGCGCGUUGGUGCCACAUUCCAGGAAAAUUGGACAGAUGGCUAUGCUUUUCAUGAGCUUACCCGACGGCAGGAGGAGAUAUCAGCCGAGCGCGAAGAAAUCGACCGUCAAAAGAAGCAGCUGAUGAAAAAGCGGCCUGCGGAAUCGGGACGAAAACGCAACGCCAAUAGUAACAAUAGCCAGCAACAGAAUUCGAACUCCAACGAUUCGACUAACAUUGCUGGUUGUGAUCGUUUGACAGGCGGUGGUGACAGUGGUAUCGGCUCGACUGCUGGAGGUGGUGGUGCUGGUGGCGGCAGUGGUCGCGGUCUCUCACGUUCCAAUUCCACACAGGCCGGCCAAACGCAAUUGCUGCACAAUGGUGGCGGCAGCGGUGUGGGCGGUAGCAGUGGUGUCGGCGAUCGUCUCUCCGAUAGGGGUGGCGGCGGCAGCAGUGGUACCGGCCGUGGUGACAACAGCGGUGGCGGCGAUGCAACGUUCCUUAAACCCGAUCCCGUCUCAGGGGCAUACACAGCGCAAGAAUACUACGAGUACGAUGAGAUAUUGAAGCUGCGGCAAAAUGCGCUCAAGAAAGAAGAUGCCGAUUUACAGCUUGAGAUGGAGAAGUUAGAGCGUGAGCGUAAUCUACAUAUACGCGAAUUGAAGCGGAUAUUGAAUGAAGAUCAGUCGCGCUUCAACAACCAUCCAGUGCUAAAUAAUCGGUAUUUGCUGCUUAUGCUCCUCGGCAAAGGCGGUUUCUCCGAAGUGCACAAAGCAUUUGAUUUGAAAGAGCAACGAUAUGUAGCGUGUAAAGUGCAUCAACUAAACAAAGAUUGGAAGGAAGAUAAAAAGGCCAACUACAUCAAACACGCCUUGCGAGAAUAUAAUAUACACAAGGCUUUGGACCAUCCACGUGUGGUCAAGCUGUACGAUGUGUUCGAGAUAGACGCCAAUUCGUUUUGCACAGUGCUCGAAUAUUGUGAUGGUCAUGAUUUAGAUUUCUAUCUAAAACAACAUAAAACUAUACCCGAACGUGAGGCGCGUUCGAUUAUUAUGCAGGUUGUUUCGGCUUUGAAAUAUUUGAAUGAGAUUAAACCACCAGUUAUACAUUAUGACCUGAAACCAGGCAACAUUCUAUUAACUGAGGGCAAUGUGUGUGGUGAGAUUAAGAUCACCGAUUUUGGUUUGUCUAAAGUGAUGGAUGAUGAAAAUUACAAUCCAGACCAUGGCAUGGAUUUGACAUCCCAAGGCGCGGGAACCUAUUGGUAUUUACCGCCCGAAUGUUUUGUUGUUGGUAAGAAUCCCCCGAAAAUCUCAUCGAAAGUUGAUGUUUGGAGUGUUGGUGUUAUUUUCUACCAAUGCCUCUAUGGCAAAAAGCCUUUUGGACACAAUCAGUCGCAGGCCACCAUCCUUGAGGAGAACACAAUUCUCAAAGCCACAGAGGUACAAUUCUCUAAUAAACCAACUGUCUCCAAUGAAGCAAAGAGUUUCAUACGCGGUUGUUUGGCCUAUCGCAAAGAGGAUCGCAUGGAUGUGUUUGCAUUGGCGCGACAUGAAUAUAUACAGCCGCCAAUUCCCAAGCAUGGGCGCGGUCAAUCGCAGUUAACGCAACAGCAGCAGCAGCAACAACAACAGCAGCAACAGCAACAACAACAGCAGCAGCAGCAGUCGACCACUUCACAAGCGAAUUCUGCUGGGCAAACAUCCUUUUCGGCGGGUAUGUUCGGUAAUUUGAAUCAGUCGAGCUCAUCCUAGCUGCAGACCAAACGCAACUCAAAUUCCUAAUUGCUGAUGCUGAUCGCGAGUAAUAAUAAUAAUAACAAAAACAAUAAUAAUAAUAACAGCAGCAACAACAACAAUAGCAGUAGUAACCACAACAACAGCAACAUUUAUUGUAGCAGCAAAAGUCGUAAAUAUCAUUUUAAUUGCAACAACAGCAGUAAUAAGAACAAUACCAACAACAACAACAACUACAAUAACAACCAAAAUAAUCACCAUCACAACACUACAUACAACAAUAGCAAUUGCAAUCAAAGUAAUAAUAGCAUUAAAAUGUUAACGUCUGGCGAGCCGAUCGCGUCCAUGGAGCCAACAGUCUUGGAGAAUACGCAAAUUUGCGUCUACACGCAUAGAAAAAACGCAGUAAAUAACACAUCAGCAACAAUUGGUCCAGAGCAUUAUAACAAUAGCAUCACCACCACCAACAACAUCGCCACACAGCCGCAGCGUCAUAUCAAGCGACGACGACAAUGUGUCGCAGCUGGCAGAGAACGAACUAUGGCACAGCAUAGCAGCGGUCGCUGUAACAGCAGCAUUAGCGCAAUUAAUCGUCAACUGAAAGCAACAACGUCGCCCAACAGACAUCAUCAUCAGCAUCAACACUGCCGCAAACAAGACUUGUAAAAAACAACAAGCAAACAAUAAAAACCAAGAAAAAAUCAUGAUGCUCGAUGGCGGCAAGAGUUGUGCGCGAUAAGUGUUGCUGGCUGUAAGUGAUUAUUAGUAAAUACAUAUAUAUUCAAAUGCUUGACUCGGUGACUUUCGUAAAAGCAUAAGUAUCAAAAUUAUUAUAAAAAAAAAAAACCAAGAAAAUGUGAUAAUAUACUUGAAUUUUGUCAAAUGCAAAUGAUAGUGCAGCAAAUGUUAGAUCAGCAGUGCGGCACGCUUGACAUACGCUUGUGUUUGCGACGCUAAAAACGGUAAAUGGAUAGUUGAGAGUCUCAAAUUGCUGAAUGCAUGAACAUUUUUAAUACAUAUAUAAUUUUUUCACUUCAAACUGUGCGCUUACUGCAUUUAGCGUUGCUAAAUUUGUUUAUUGUGUAAGAAAAUUUCAAAAAAUAUGCACGUUUGCAGCAGUCGGCGUAUGAAAAAUAUAUGUGACGUUGGCUUCAAGAUGGUUAGAGUAAAAAAAAACACGAUCGAUAAAAAGUUUUUACUAAAAACAUUCGUCAAAUAGUCGUUUGAAUGCUAUCGGGAAAAAUGCAUGUUUACUUGCGUUAAAUUUUCAUUUUGUUGUGCUAUUUUAUAUAUAGAAAUCGUUAUAUAAAAGCCUUGAAAUGCCUUUGAAAUGCCAAACGGUUUGCAUUUUUGUUUUAAAAUAGCUUAUUAAGUUUCCUUUUUUUCUUACAAAUAAGUUGCAAAACAUUGUACAGUAAUAUUAACUAAAUGAUUAAACAGUUGAGCUUUCGCGCGGUGUUGCGGUGGUGUGUUGUACACGCGAAUCGGUAUUAAUUUGUAUGUAACAAUAGGCGUUGGUUUUUUCCACGAAUUUCAUUAUUUCAUUACAAAUUUUGACAAUUUUCGAAUAUCGAAAAGUUAGAAAAUGAUUUCAUUUUGUUCUUAGUUAUGUUACAUAAACGCGAUUACGACACACUACGUCGCUGUGAGCACGCAAUAGAUGCCACACUAAAUAAUGUGCACUAAAAUUCGAUAAUAAAUUUAAAAAAAGUGCACGAAGCAAGCGAAGCGUUGGAAUCAAAUCAUAGAAAUUCAAGUAUAACAAACGUAUAGCAGAAGAUAUCAGUAGCAUUUGCGGUAAUGCCUAGGUUAAGCUAUGGAAUGCAUGAGUUCCAAAAAAAAAAAAUUGUAUAUUGUUGAGAAACGGUGCGAAUACGUUCAGAGAGAAAUGAUGAAGAAAACAGAAUUCAAAAUUAAAAUAGACACAAAAACAAAAACAUAAGCAUAAAAUACAAAAACAAUAAAACGCGUCAGCAGCAGCAAGAAAAUAAUAUUAACAACAAGAACAUUUAGGAAAACCAACACGUAAUCGCGCACGCAAACUUAGGAUUAUUUCUAAUUAGCAUUAACUCACACAUACUACAUUAUACAUAUAUAUAUAUAUAUAUAUAAAUAUGAAUAUAAAUAUAUAGAAAUCUACAUAAGCAUAAGAUGAUUGUAAUGAUAUAUAUAUAUAUAUAUAUAUAGACAUAUAGGAAAGAAAGUGAGAAAGCGGCGAAAAAAAAACAAAAAGAAAAAAACAUAAAAGUAUAAAGCGAUAACUGCAAAUAUCGCAUAAGUGAGAACAGAAAUGCAACUAAUUAUAAGUUAAAAUGUAGAAUUUGUGAAAGCGUUGCGAAGCGCAAGAAAAACGAAUGCUCUAGAUAUGAUAAAUAUGAUGGCUAAUAUAGCCAGUGCGGGGGUGUGGUUGGGUAUGCGCGGUGCUCAGCGGGUGAGCUGAGCCAGCCGCAAGCCACAUUUUAUUAUUAUUAUUAUUAUAUUAUAUUAUUAUUAUUAUUAAUUAAUUAUUAACAAUUAACUAUUGAUGAAUAGAGAACAGCAUAAAAUACACAAAAAUAAUAAAAAUGUUUAUGCUAUGGAAGAAACACAUAAUUAAUGAAAGGAAUGCGUAAGUGAAAAAAUGAAAAAUACAUCUAUAAUAAUAAAGCAAAAUAUUGAUAAAAACGAUGCAAAUUUUGAAAACAAAAAUCAAAAACAAAACCUAAACCUAAACUAUUAUUUAAAGUAAAACAAACAACAAGAAUAUUUAUAGUUUUAGUUAUUAUUAUUAAUAUUAUUACCACUAAAAAUAGUUUAUUACAAUAAACAAGUGAAUAAAACAAUGCAAAACAACCACAAAACAAACAGGACGUUAAAAAAUAUAUAAGUAUGCAAGUAUGUAUGUAAUAAAGAAGCGUAUAGCAGAAGAAACAAAAAACAAAAAUAAAAAUAAAAUCUGUAAUAACAUAAAAUUA